AUGGCAGAGACACUACCAACCAGCCUGUCCACCGCAUUGGACAUCUCUCCUUCCGGCGACCAGUUUUCUAUGGAGCUUCCAACGGAUAUUGCAUUUGGAGCAGGUGAGUUCGGCCUUAUCCACGCCUUCCGUGUUGUCAAGGUGAAAGAUCUAGGCUACAGGACUAACAAAAGAACGUCCCCAGUCAGCUGUGGGGGUUAUGUAGCCAGUUUGAUGGCAAAAUAUGCCGUCGUUCAUGCUUCGAAGCAUGAGACGCUACGAACGCAAACGGAUGUUCGGACAUCGCUGGUUCAGUUCUAUCGUCCGAUCAUUGCGUCAAAGCCAGUCCAAAUGCAGUUACGCGAAGUGAGCCUCGGUAAAGCAUGGUCCACACUACGCGUUGAGACGUCCCAAUUUGGCAAGAUUGCAGCAUCUGCAGAUCUAUGGUGGGGGACCCUAGUCAAUUAA